UAACGAACAAACAAGCUAAAGAAAAAAGGGGUCCUUUUUUUUUCUUUUUUUUUAUAUACAUUCAUUUUUUUUUCUCUUUGUGAUUUUUUGUUGAUCAAAAAAUUAUUCCCCCCUCUUUAUACACAUAUUUUUUUUUUCUUGAAGAAUGUUUCCGGUUCAAAGAGGUUUAUACGGUCAUCGAUCAACUAUGAGUCAAUUUGCAAAGCCAGGAUAUUCAUUCAUGGCAUUCGAUCCUUUCCCUUUUACAAAUGCAAAUUUAACAGACUUUUCAGUUCCAAAUAAAUCACCUUUAAUGCAAUAUCCUUCAAGUACAGAUGAACUUUAUGAUCAAGAAAUAUCAAAGGAGUCUUCUAACAAUUCUUUACCUCCAAAAAAACCACUUACAAAAGCAGAGCGUCGUGCUGAGCAUAACGCUAUUGAACGCGCUCGUCGUGAAAACUUGAAUUCGAAAUUUCAAUCUCUUGCUCAAGCUCUCCCUAAUCUUAUUAAUUAUCGUAGACCUUCUAAAAGUCAAAUUGUUGAAAAGGCCUUUGAUUGGGUUAAGCAAAGUAUUUCCCGGGAAGAACGUUAUCGUUAUCAAAUUUUGCAACUUCAAAGGGAAAAUAAAAGACUGCUGGCUCAGUUAAUGCAUUAUCAGCAUCAACAACAACAACAACCAGAAGAAGGCGGACACGCUAAAUAUCCUAUGGCUAACAACCCAAUUCCAACUAUUUGUACACCCCAUGCCUCUACUACUACUACUACUAUCAUGAGUACUUCUCCUCCUGCUUCUAUUCCUAUGUAUAGUAAUUUGAAUCCACCUACACCACCUCCACAAUCUCUUACUUUUACUGCUACUUCGACUACUACUCUCUCUACCUCUGCUUCCCCUACUUAUGCUCCUGUCAAUUCCUCUAUGAACGCCAAUACGAAUAACAAUGGCUGGUCCACGAAUCCUUACUUGAUGAAUCCUACUCUUCAAAUGAACCACUACAAUAAUAGUACCGAAGAUAUUACAAAGCAGGACUUUGCCAAUUCUAAAAGCGAUGAUGAUGAUAAUACGAGUAGUGGAAAUGAAGAUGAUACUGAUUAUCAAUCUUCUCCGAAUGGUAUUUUGAAUAAUAAUAAUAUUAAGCAAGCAGGGACUAACUAACUAACUUUAUUUAUGUAGCUUCUUACUUGGAAAAUAGAUCCCCUCAAAAACAAUAUGAAAAAGUAAAUCAGAAAAAUCUUUUGGUUAAUGAAAUUUAUCCUGUUGGAGGUGAAGGAAAUUUUCAGUCAACAGAUACCCCUUUUGAUUCACCCAUUUUAUUGAAUAAUUGGAAUCAGUCUGGAAGAUAUUCUUCUCAUUUGAUCAAUAGUGGUAAUUUUGAUCCUGGUUUAAAUAAUAGAUCUACUCCAGCACAAAUGUUAUCUUAAUCUUUCACCUUUCUUUCUAAGUUUUAUAUGCUUCUUUCUUAAACAUUCCUUUGUAUACAUGACUUAUAUAUACACAUCUAUAUGUUUUUUUUUCCCCUUUUAUUACAUACAAACAAACAAAC